AUGAAAGUCGCCUUCCAGAGUCUUUUCCCGGCCCUAACCGCCUUAAUUGCAUUCAUCUUGACGCUUCUGUGCCUGUUUGCGGGAUCUCAGAGGAACCUCUUGGACAAUGCGGACCUCCUGACGCUAUACACCCCCGAGGGAAGCUCGAACACGGCAAACAAUUUCUAUUCCAUCCAUGUCAUGUCAUACUGUCAGGGCACUCUGGCACAGGUAGAGCCGGGUGAGAUGAGUUUUUCGCGCAACGUGACCGAAUGCUCGAGCCGCAAGAUUCUGUUCGCAUUCAACCCGACGGACGCAUGGCCCGAAGAGAUCACACACGGACCGACGCUUGAGUGGCCGCGAGUGAUCAGCGACGACUUCAACGCCUUCACGCUCACGAGCCGGUCGAUGGCGGUGUUUUAUAUUAUCGGGGUAGGAGCGAUCGGAUUUGCCCUUCUGUCGCGAGUGUGGUCAUUCAUCACCGGCAAAGAACAGACGGGCCUGUUUGAGUUUGGGUUUCUGGUGCUCGGCGCUCUCAGCAUCAGCAUCGCCUCCAUCAUCGCGACGGUCAUUGCCUUCGAGUUCGUUCCUCUUAUCAAUGCUCACGGCGACGGCUUCAACGUGUCGGCACAAUACGGCAAGAAGUUUCUUGGCAUGACUUGGGCAUCGACAGGGUUGCUCAUCGUGGGCAGCCUAAGCAGUUUCGUCAAUGUCUUUUUCCGGGACUACGAGGAGCCGGCGAUGCCCGCUCCGAAGGACGAAGAGGGCUGA